AUGGCGGCAGCGGCGGCGGCGGCGGCGGUGUUGGAGCGGCUGGAGGCCCUGCACUGCCCCCCCCUCGCGCCAUGGCUGCCGCUGGGACCGGCCGAGGCGCUGCGGCUGCUCUGCACCCCCUCGGCGCGGCGCCUCGCCCUGCUGGAGUGGGCGUGCGCGCGGGUGCACCCCCCCUCCGCCGCCCGCUUGGACGCGCUCCGGAGCGGCCCCAAGGAUGACCGGCUCCAAGAACUGGCCGAACUGGGAGCGAGGCUGAUGCUCUGCCGGGCUGACGAUGUGGCGCUGGUGGAGGGCACGGCCCCCCCCGAGCAGCAGCUGGAGUUCAUCAGGGACCUGCUGGACGCGGCCCCCCCGCCAGGGGAGGAGAGUGGGGACCCCCCCAAAAGCAGGCACACGGUCCUGCACCGCACCGACUGCUUCCUGCAGGAGCUGCUGGAGACCCCCGAGGGGCUGGCGGCCCUGAGCCCCCCCUCCCCGCCGCCGCUCCCCACCUUCGAGCACUGGGGCAGCCCCCCGGGGGGGUCCCAGCCCCCCGGCGCCACGCCGCCCCCCCCCGGGGACCCCCGACCCUCGGGGCAGGAGCUGGCGGCGGCGCUGGGGGCGGUGCGGCGGCAGCUGGAGCUGCUGGAGGCGCAGAGCCCUGAGCUGGGGGGGUCGCCGGGCCCGGCCCCCCCCGUCCUGCCCGCCCUGGGGGUGGCGGGGCGCGACCUGGCCGCCCUGGCCACGGCUUUUGGGGCGAUGGAGCUGCGGGACCCCUGGGGCAAAGGGGAGCCCCCCGUCCUCGCCCCCUGCGGCCCCCUGGCCCCCCCCGUCCAGCAGAGCCUGCAGCAACUCAUGCAGAGCCUGGGGGCCGUGACCCAGAUGGACGACACGGCGGCGGAGGUGGCGCGGCUGGCGGGGGGGGCCUGGCGUCAGGCGAUGGAGACCCAGGUGGCCGCCCUGCAGCAGCGUUUCAGGGACGUCCCGAGGCCGAGGGGCCCCCCCAGGACUGACACCCCUCCCCCCCCCCCCCCAAGGGGCUCACUGCUGGGGGAAAGGGGGGGGGGGGGGAGGGUGGAUUCGGGGUGUCCCCCUCCCCCACCACGCGUGGAUUUUGGGGGGGGGGCACCCAAUAACUGGAUUAAAGAGGUGGAAAGCGAUGCUAACGCUGCUAAUUAA